AUGGGUGCAGGGAGGAAGACGGAGACUUAUACAUUGGCUCCAGAUAGCCUUAACUCGUAUGGGAAUUGGUGUGUGAGGAAUCUUGAGAAGAAAGAUCUCCGUGGAGUUAUAUUUGGAUGCAAGUUCAGUACUAUCAAAGAGUGUUACGCUAAGAAACUGUUUGGUUUGCCAGCUCCUCACAUGGCGUAUAUCAAGAACAUUGAUCCUGGUUUGACGCUGUUUCUGUUUAACUACAGUGAUAGAACAUUGCAUGGUAUCUUUGAAGCUGCUAGUGAAGGACAGUUGAAUAUUGAUCCUAAAGCUUGGUCUCCUAAUGGGACUGAUCCAAGUCCUUACCCUGCUCAGGUUAAGAUACGAGUUAGAGUGAGGUGUGAGCCUUUGGCUGAAGAGAAGUUUAGUCCUGUGAUUGCUGGUAACUACCAGGAUGAGAAGGUGUUUUGGUUUGAGCUUGACAGAGAUCAGACAAACAAGCUGCUCCGUUUGUUUUCACCAUCUCCGAAUGUAAGGGCACCGUCAGCUUCCAAGUAUGUUGCACCACCGUCCAGGAAGGCUAUUCCGGCAUCUUCUCUUGUGGAGAUAGGUGACUUGGGAGGACCACGUGUUGAUAAGUGGAGCAGUCUUUUCAAGUCUUCAGAUGAAUCCAGUGAGAACAAAGGAGAAGCUCAGAAAGCAGUUGUGCCAUCUGGUGCAUCUUACUCAUCAGCUCUGAGAAACGUGACUAAGUCUUCUUCAACUUCAACAAAUGAUGUUCCAUUUGCUUCUCGAGCUCUCACUUCACACCAAGACAGUACCAAGAGAACUUCUGGUGCAGCUAUACUUAGCAAGGAAGUUUCUGGUGAGGACACACAUUCAGAGAUCGACUGGGAUGCUGCAUCAAACUUUCAAGCUCAUCUGGAAGGACUGAACAGGAUUUUGGAGGAACCAAGGGAUAAAGAUGGGUUCAACAGUUUUCAGGGGAACACAGGAUUUGCAUCUUCAUCUUCUAUGGUGCCAAGUCAUUGGGAAGAUAGGAUACCGCUCUCGGACUAUGAGGAAGGGAAUAUAGAUAAAUCGCCUUGUGGGUCCUCUUAUGUUUCCGCCAUGACAGGAGAUGCAGGUGAGGACAAUGGAGAUGGCAAAGAGAAGCAGCUUAUGGAUCUUUCCAAGAUGGAAAUGGGAUCCCCACCCACUUACGUGGACAUCUUGAGUGAGAUAUGGGCUGAAGUGAAAGAGUUGAAGCAAACUCAAUUGAAACAAGCUGAGUAUAUGAUUACUUUACAGAUGGAGCUGCUUGAAUCAAGAAAAGAGAUACUUCGACUGAAAAGGACAUAG